UUCAUAUGUGGACACAUCAAACUCUCUCAACUCCUGGACUGUGGACUUCAGCUCAAGAAUGCCGCUGUCUCUGGAAAUUAUGUCUCGACAAAAGCUGAUUUUGCUGUGGCUGAUGAUCAUCUGUUGUGCGAUGCGAGAGACAACCUGCUCAGAAAAACUGAUAAUCCAAGUCAGUUCGACAGAUCAGUGUUUCUGGAACAGCAGUAGCUCAACAGUUCCAGAUAUAAAUCCAACCUUAAAUUGUCAAUUAGCUGGAAAUACUGGGAAUUUUCAAGCUAAUAUCAAGCUAAGCAUUUCUUCUCAAGGACAAUGCAGAUCAUACAGUUUCUCCAUCAUAAAACAUGGAGCCGAGUAUAACAUCAGAAUGAAUGAGACGGCUGAAGGCAUAAAACUGUGUUUUUUGCGAAAUGGUCAUACUGUGUCUUGCCAGAUACAGCAAAUCAGCUGCAACACCACUGGCUCUAAUCAUCUUGAUUUCAGCCUAUGCAAGUGUCUAAUCUUGCCAGACAUACUCGCAGGUUGUUCACAAACCCCUCAUCUUGAUCUUAAGAAAAGUUGUGCAAAUGCUACAUAUAAUAACAGCAACAUAUGCGAAGGAAGCAGAUAUGCUCUGAAUAUUAAACAGUGUGAAUGGAUUUGUGUCAAAUGUGAUAACACAACUGAUGAGGAAUCAACCGCUGAUUCUUCUGAAAAUAUCGCAGCUACUGGUUUCACACCAUAUACAGCAACACACAAUCCAACUACAGAGCACAAUCUCAAACCAUCUGAGGCAACUCCUAGUCCAAUUACAGUUGAGAAUGGAUAUACUGAUCCCUCAAAGGCAUCAAAAGCCUUGGACAAUCUGGAGUCUCAGAUGGAAGAGAUGGAAAAAAGCAAUAAAAGCAAUGCAAUGAUCGUCACAGAGAAUGGUGCUGGUUUUCUUUAUGUACAAGCCAAGAACACAGAAACCAAAGACAUCAACAUAUGCUACUCUUCAGAUCAUGCCACGGUUGUUGAGAGUCAAAGUGACCUGAAUACAAGCUGUUCCUGGUUAGCAAAGAUUUCAAAGGAGGCUUUUGAUAAAUCACGUCUUCAAAACAAUGGAAGUGCAUUUGUUGGAGUUCUACGUUUCAAAAACUUGAGAAAAAAGGAUGAAACUAAUAAUCAGACUUUUUUAAACAAUGAAUUUUAUGGUAUAACGAUGAGGGCCAAAAUCUCCAACCUUACCGACAACAUUGACAUGUCCUUUACACUUAAUGAUAAGGUCAGUAAUGUGUCCUGCGUUUCUUGGGAUGGAAAAGUCGAACUUAAUUGGACGACGUCCGGCUGCGAGACAGAAAGAAUCAACAACACCAUAAAGUGCUCCUGCUCACAUCUGACCUUCUUUGCAGUGCUGAUGUCUCCGCCAGAUGCAAACGUCACAGCGCAGGAUCUGGAAUCACUGACUUAUAUCACUUAUAUCGGCUGCGGCAUCUCUAUGUUUUUUCUGGCCAUCGCUUUAUUCAUGCAUUUCCUGCUGCGGAAAGCCAAAUCAAAUCAGGCCACGAAGAUCUUGAUGAACAUGUUUGUGGCUUUGUUUCUACUGAAUGUCUCGUUUUUGUCAAACGAGAGCGUCGCUAACACAGAAGACAACGCUGCGUGCGUCUUCAUAGCGCUGCUCCUGCAUUACUCCAUGCUGGCCUCAUUCACCUGGUUCUUCAUUCAAGCUCUUCAUAUGUACUUAUGGCUCCUCAGACAGAACGUCACCAUCACAAACUACACGAGGAAGAUCACCGUGCUGGGCUGGGAAACGUGGCUGACAGAGUCAUCACCAAACACUGCAUAUCUGGUCCCGGGAUAUAAAGUCUUCAGAAAGGAUCAACAAUUUGGGAAAGGUGGUGGACUGCUUAUGUACGUGAAGGACUGCAUUAAAUCAUUUCCUGCUCCAAUAGUCAUAACUAUUGCUUCUGUAGGAGAAUAUAAAACAGUGAUCAUAAAAACAACGUCUGAAAAAAUUUCACGAAUGUGCUGGAUUACAAAUCCUUACAUUCACUACACAGUGAACAUCGGCUACUACGCUUUAGUGUUCAUCUUCACGACAGGAAUCUUCAUCACUAUCUUAACUAGGAUUGUUCAGGUCAGACGCUUAAGAGCGACUGACGGCAAGAGAAAGACGUUCAGAAAGCAGCUGAUGAUGGUGUUGAGUUUGUUCCUGCUCUUCGGUCUGACGUGGUCUGUGGCGUUCUUCAGUUAUGGACCGAUGCUCAUUCCCUCAUAUUACAUAUUCACUGUGUUGAACUCGUUUCAGGGGUUUUUUCUCUUCCUGUAUUACUACCACAUUCAUAAUGACGUUGCUGGUCAUUUCUCUGAUGAUCCAAAAAGCUCUGGCUCCACCACAACCAUGGUUCCACCCAACACGAAUGGUCUGGAAAAUGUCUAUAAUUAGCCAGAAAGACAGAAAACCACUGUCUCUUAGUUGCUGAUAAGUUAACAGCAGAUUUCCAGAAUACUAGUACAGUCAUGUGUACUACAAUAUGCUUUACGGUUUAAUAUGCAUGUUUAAUAAUAUUCUGUAUGGUGAUGGGAAUAUAACUCAUAAUGGGAUCAUAAGCGGGAUCAUUAGCUUUUAAGACAUUUUAAAGAAGGUUAAUUUUACAUAUAUAUGAACUUGUAUAUAUAUACUUGAAAGCUACUUUACAAGUCAUAUAUUUUCUUGUAUCUGUGAGUUUAGGGUAACUGUAACUAUAGUUAUGAAAUAUAUAUUGUUUGACUGACUUAAACGGUGUAGGAACAUUAUUUCAUUCAUUAUUAGAUGUUGAUGUACCAGGAGCAAAGAUAUCAAGUACAAAGGUUUGUUUCAAAUAAUUCUAAUGCAGUUUCCAUCUAGAUAGUUUUAGGCACAUAUGUGACCCUGGAGCACAAAAGCAGUCUUAAGUCGCUGGGGUAUAUUUGUAGCAAUAGCCAAAAAUACAUUGUAUGGGUCAAAAUUAUCCAUUUUUCUUUUAUGCCAAAAAUCAUUAGGAUAUUAAGAUCAUGUUCCAUGAAGAUAUUUUGUAAAUUUCUUACCGUAAAUAUAUCAAAACUUAAUUUUUGAUAUGCAUUGCUAAUUUUCUCAAUAUUUAGAUUUUUUUGCUCCCUCAGAUUCCAGAUUUUCAAAUAGUUGUAUCUCAGCCAAAUAUUGUCCGAUCCUAACAAACCAUACAUCAAUAGAAAAAUUGACACUUAAGACUGGUUUUGUGGUCCUGGGUCACAUAUUUCAGAGAGGUUAAUAAAACUAAAAAUCAUUCAAUAAUAUUAAUAACCAUGAUAUUUCUUUUAUAGUGCAUCAAUAUGAUAAUAUUAACUAUUUUCUUCAUGCAUUUGUGAAUUCAAUUCAGUAUUUUAAUUUAUUUAAAUUUAUUUUGUCAUACUACAUGUAAAUAUCAGUGGUAACUACUAUAUUUUUAUGUUUCUAAUUAAAAAAGAUGGCAUUUGAUAUGCAUUUUUGUAGAGUGAUAUAUGUCUGUGCGCCACUGGAGGGCGUUGUGAGGUCUCAGAUUGCAAUGUGUAACUCAACCUAUGGUAAUUCAUGAAUGAGUUGGAGAUGUGAAUGAGAUAGAAAGACCCUGUAAACGCUCAGCAUGAGGCAUGUAGUUGCUAUUACAACCAGCUAAUUACUCAAUACUUAGUUCUGGUUCACAGUGACUAAUAAACCUCCUCAAUCCAGCUGAAUGAGUUGAUUUCAGGCUUUAAUGUUGUGGUUGUUUUUUAUGGUCACUGAGGAACACGAAUAACUCAGUGUUGUUUUUUUAAUCAAAAGUGACAUUAAAGACAUUUAUAUAAUGCUGCAAAAUAUUUCUAUUUCAAAUAAAUGCUGCUCAGAAUUUAAAUAAAUAAAUAAAUUAUA